AUGUUAGUGAACUGCUUCAAAGAGAUGAAAGAUGUCAAGAAAGGAUCCUGUCAGAAGAACAGCAGGUCCAGCACGGCCCGGGCUCACCGCGCCCACCCACGGGCCGCACACCGGGCGGGGGCGGCGGCCCGAGUCCCGCCCGGCCCGGGCCCGCCACCAGCGCAUCCCGUGCGGGCCGUGCCUGUACCGGGCCGGGCCGGGCCGGACCGAUCCGAUCCGAUCCGAUCCGAACCGAACCGAACCGGGCCGGGCCGGGCCGGGCCGGGCCGUGCAGCGCUCACCUCCCGUGCCCACGUGCAGCGCGCGCCACCGCCCCGGAAGCGAUCGCGCUCGCGCCCCGCCCCGCGCGGGCGCUGCCGGAGCCGUUACCGCGGCAACGCGCGCGACGCGGCCAUGGCGGCGGGCGGGCCGCGGGGCGGGGACGGCGCAGAGCAUGAAGCAGAACAGCCUCAAUUUUCAAAUGUUCCUCAAUCAAAACAAGAUCCUGAAUCAAAACAAGGAUCAGAGCCUUUGGAAGCAGCAAUGGUGCAGCCAUUACCUAUAGAACAAAAUUUUUCUGCCUCUGCAGACCAAUAUGUGCUUCCCAUACUUGGGGAAACCCCCUCUGGAGAACCCCCUGAUCCAAAGAAAUGUUCUCCUCGAGAAUACCUGGAGUUUUACAUAUUCCCAGUGCUCUUACCUGGCCUGGCUGCACUUCUGCAUGAAGCAGAGAAGGAGAAGUGUUUUGAGGGAAAAAGAACCAAAUUUAUUCCCUCUGAUUUCCUAACUGAGUGGUUAUACAACAAGAAUCCAAAGAGGAAAGAUGAGUCAUUCACAGAAUUGUUUUCCAUUCCUUUUGUAAAGGACUGGCUAAAGGAUCGUCCUAGACCACCAAUUCCUCUAUCUCUGCUUUUAUCAGAAGAAGAAGCAAGCAUCCUAAUUCAGUCCUUCUGGAGAGGGUAUCGGAGAAGACUGUGGCCCUGUCAUGGGCCAAAAUACAGGACUUACACAGCUGAAGUUGUUCGUUGUGAUAGUGAAAUACAAGAGCUACGUCAGUGGCAAAAGAAGCUGAGAGAGGAGAGGCACAUUACUGAGGUAGUGAAAAAAUUCUGGACUAAGCAGGAAGCCAAAGUGGGAAGCAAAUCAGAAGAGAUGGACUAACAUACACAAAAUCCUUCAACAUCUCAAUUUUAGUUUCCUCACUGAAAUUCCAAAGCACAGAGCUCGUGGACUUUGUGAUACUGAUUUAGAAAUGCUCUUAGCAUUAAAGCUUUACAUGUGAGGUAUUGUAAAUCAAAGGCAGGUUAUGUAAGGACCCAGCAUGCCAAAACAAGAAGUUAGUCUUAGACUAAGUGAGCACAAUUCUGUUAAAACAGAUGGAAUAGUGCAUAUUUAGCCAAAAAUGCUGAAUCUGUGUUUAUCUUGUGUUCCUGAAUGCUCAAUUAAAAUAUUUUCUGAGAGGAACAAAACUCUGGAUGAAAUUAAAUGGGGUUCUGCCCACAUGUAGGCAAGUGUUAUAUCUUCAUUUAUCAUCAACUGGACUUGUCUGACUCCUGCAGAGCUGUGACAAUUGACACAAAUCCAGGCUCUAUUCAGAACACUCUAAUUUGCAGAAAUGCUGUUCCCCUGCAAUUCCAAUGGAAGGCAAGGAGAGCUGGGGUUGCUCUGCAUUUCUGCAGGGGAGAAAAGUCAAAGGCCCUUUUGUUACCACUUAGCACAUGUGCUGAGAAAGUGUAGAAUUAAGAUCCCAGUGUCAGCAUUUUCAGCAAUCUUAUGCAGGCUACUUACAUCAGGUCCAAGCACAGUAAAAAUCAGAUUGGGCCUCUUGC